UGGGGACUCGACAGGCCUUUGAAUUGGAAGACGAAAAGAAAUCCUUCUUUGGUUUUCUCGUCUUUAUCACUGCGGUGCCGCUGCUGCUCUGUCUUUUUUUUCUGCAUUUUUUUCGGAGAUUCACUGGAAAGUAUGGCGAAUUUGCAGCCAUGGGAGACGUUGAAAGCAGCGAUACCUGCAUAUACGGGACUAUCUCCUAUGACCUUCUUCACGGUGUUAGCUUUGGCUUUCGCCUUCUACUAUGCCAUUUCUGGGUUCUUCUCGUCUCCUGAGCCUCAGAGGACGAGGUCUCUCCCAGAAGAAGUGAAGCCCCUUCCACCUCCGGUUCAGCUCGGUGAGAUCACUGAGGAGGAGUUGAAGGCAUACGAUGGAUCCGACCCGACGAAGCCUUUGCUCAUGGCAAUCAAGGCACAGAUCUAUGAUGUAUCGCAAAGCAGGAUGUUCUAUGGUCCUGGUGGGCCCUAUGCCUUGUUUGCAGGGAAGGAUGCUAGUAGAGCUCUUGCAAAGAUGUCUUUUGAGGAUAAGGAUUUAACAGGUGAUAUCUCAGGCCUUGGUCCUUUUGAACUUGAUGCGUUGCAGGACUGGGAGUACAAGUUUAUGAGCAAGUAUGUUAAGGUUGGGACAAUUAAAAAAACCAUCCCAGUAACCGAUGCACCUCCCGCUGGUGAUUCCUCGGAAGCUGCCAAUCCUGAAGAUGCUAAACCUGCAGAAAAUGGGGAAUCCGAGGGUGCUGCAGGUGAGCAAGCUGAGGAGCAGCCUCUAAAGGAGACCACAGUUGAUGAUGAUGCUAAGAGAGAGUAGUUCCAGACGUCCCAUCUCCCCUUCGAGCUACUGCAUGUGAAGCAUCAGAUAACUUUGUAUUUUCAUAAAUCAUUCUGCCCUGUGGUACUAUAUUGUUAGUCCAGUUAAAUUCCUGUGUUAUAUAGAUGAGACUUGAUGAAAUGUGAGUAAUCUCUUCUUCAUAGUCCAGAAGAGACCACUCACUCUUUGUGGAACCUGUUUGCUGAAUAAGGCCUAGUUAGGUGAUGAAGCUGAAGCCUCAAAGAGUCAAAGUUGCUACAUAGAUAUACAAUAUAUAUGCGGAAAUGUUGGCUUCUGAAAUGUGAGUUGAAAUUCAAAUACCUGAUAGUAAAGCAAUGGUGAAUCUCCCCAUGUUUUUCAUUGA